CCAAAUUUCUUCUAAGUUUUACGUUUAAUCCAAAUCCAAAUUAGUAGUAAAUAACGGCUCGUUUGUCUGUUUAUCGGAGUUUUCAUUUUCCAUUUUACGUUGGCGAGCUGCGAAAUCAAAUCGCAUGACAUCACCUCUCACCGCACUCGUUGUGAUUCUCAUUCUCAUGAACCUGCAACCAUUGAUCGCAAACUUUGAAAAUCGUUGAUGUAAUCUCAUUCCCUGCGAUACAUAAUCAUCAUGACACAGAUCGAAUAAUAAUAAUCAUAAUAAAGUGGAUCUCCGGUCACCGAAUCACCGUCACCGUUCUACAAUUUGAGUACGAGUUUAUAGAACUACAUUCCGGGGGGUAGUGGUCAUGGAACAACAACAAGCAUCUGCUGAUUCAUCAUCAACAAAAGAACCUACUCCUUUGGCUUCCAACACUGAAACGAAAACUCACUCCUCAAAACAAGUCUCUGUACAAUCUGCUACUGCUCAUGAUUCACCAUCCAUUUUGCCUGCUUCUGGAAUAUCGUCUUGGGCAAAGAAUCUGAAACUCCGACACUCGUUUUCGCCGCAGGCUGAAAAUAAUGGCGGAUCGACCUUUGCUCGCCUCACUAGUAAUCUAAGUCUAAAACUGCGACCGCCUUCCAAUGAGGCUGCUCCCGCUACUAAUUCAGGCAGUGAGCAGCCUAAUUUAAUUGAAUCAUUCACCAAAGGGUUGAUGGACUCUUCCAAGAGUGCAGUUAAGGCAGUGCAGGUCAAAGCUCGCCAUAUGGUCUCUCAAAAUAAACGUAGAUACCAGGAAGAUGGAUUUGAUUUGGAUAUGUCAUACAUCACUGAAAAUAUAAUUGCUAUGGGAUUUCCAGGCGGUGAUAUUAGCUCCGGAAUUUUCGGAUACAUUGAGGGGUUCUAUCGGAAUCACAUGGAAGAAGUAAUAAAAUUCUUUGAAACUCACCAUAAGGGAAAGUACAAAGUAUACAAUCUUUGUGCAGAGAGGUUAUAUGAUGGAUCGCUAUUCCAGGGGAAGGUUGCGACUUUCCCGUUUACAGAUCAUAAUUGCCCUCCUAUUCAACUUAUAGCCUCAUUUUGUGAAAGUGCACAUUCAUGGUUGAAGGAGGAUAUUCAAAAUGUAGUAGUUGUUCAUUGUAAAGCUGGUAUGGGGAGGACAGGAUUAAUGAUUUGCAGCCUUCUUUUAUUUCUGAAGUUCUUCUCAACUGCAGAGGAAGCCAUAGAUUACUUCAACCAGAAAAGAUGUAUAGAUGGAAAGGGCUUAACUCUUCCUAGUCAAAUCAGAUAUGUCAAAUAUUUUGAACGGACUUUGAAACAAUUCGAUGGCGAAGUCCCACCUGGACGAAGGUGCAUGCUAAGAGGGUUUCGGCUUCAUAAUUGCCCUUAUUGGGUUAGGCCAUCAAUUACAAUAUCUGAUCAUAGUGGAAUUCUAUUCAGCACGAAAAAGCAUCCAAAGACAAAGGAUCUAAUGCCCGAAGAUUUCUGGAUCAGUAUACGGAAGAAAGGAGUAGUAGUUUUUGCACUACCUGGGGAGCCUGGUUUGACAGAGUUGGUUGGGGACUUCAAAAUUCACUUCAAUGAUGGGCAGGGAGAUUUCUACUGUUGGAUGAAUACAACAAUGACAGAAAAUCGAACCAUUUUAGAUGGCUCGGAUCUCGAUGGCUUUGACAAGAGAAAGAUCCCCACUCCAGGAUUCCAGGUCGAGGUUGUAAUGGUCGACUAUGAUGGCACCGUACCAGCAAGAACCAAAGCCGGUCCUGCCAGCACAGAACCCGAAGACAACACAAACAAGGUCCAAGCUGGUGCAAAACUUGCGUCGAAGAGCAAGGUCCCUAAGAAUGGUGAUGAUGAUGAUGUAUUCUCAGAUAGUGAUGAAGAGAAGGAUAGACAGAGCGGAAAAUCUGAAACUGAAUAUAAGUUAGCGGCACCUCAAGGAUCUGGGGAUACUUCAGACCAUGUAGGAGUGUUGACACAUUCAACGAAUCAGUUGCGCCUGCAUGAGGAACGUAAGCAAAACAAUGCUUCUCAAGAAUCAACAACAGAUAAUAAUAUUCAUGCAUCCGGUAACACCACCAACAUAGAGUCUGUAGGGGCAAGUGAAAUCAAGGCAAUUGCAGCAGAUGCUUCGGUUUUUGCUUUUGGAGAUGAAGAUUUUGAAAGUGAUUGAGAGUACAGGGAAUUAACACUUCCGGUUCUGAGAUAUUGUUUGAGGACUUUUAUAUAGCCCUCUCCAAAUAUAGAUCACACUAAGAGGUGAAAUUGGAAGGCAUUAUUAUGCAUUGUGAAAAUUUAUUGUAUUUUCCACUAUUGUUGCCAACUAUUUUCCACUACAGUUUCAUUUUUGAAGGCGACAAACACUUCCAUGGUUG